UCGUGAAUAUCAUGAAGUGAACGUUUUGAGAGUCACCGCGAAACGUAAAAAAUUUAGGAGACUGCGUGAGUCUAGCCGUGGAAUAUGUUCACAGUUCAUAAGUAGUUCGAAUGUAGGGUUACCUAAACUUUCCACGGACGAGCGAAUGUACUCGAUAAAUAUCGCGGAAGUUCGCGAGGCGCAGCGUAAGGCACGCGUGUUAUUCUGUUUUUACUUCGCAAAACGAGGUGUGCAACACGAAGCUUGUAUUUCGUGUCAAGGUCCGUUAGUGUGGACGUACGAUGAACGACAUCGAGAACUCGGAGAACUCUGGCUCCUUCAGGUCGUACUAUGCGCUGCUGGUCGCAUUCAAGACCAUGAAGGAACGCUGUCAACAAUUGCAGACGCGACUGGCCGCGGUGGAGGAGGAGAACGUGUGCCUCAGGCUCGAAUGUGGCAGGGAUACAUCCACGGCUGUUGUGAAAGCAGAUACGAUCGACAAUGACGCUGAUAAAGGCAUGAUAGAAAUGCUGCAGAAAAAGAUAGAAGAACUUACAAAGCAAAAAACACAACUUACUCAUCAUGUUUUCAUGGUAGCUGCGGAAAAUCGUCAGUUAUGGAACAGGUUAACGAGGCUGACAAAAACUAAUAAAUCUUUAGGUAGCCAAUUGACAAAAAUCUCAGAUACGCUUAAGCAGUAUCCACCCACACAACCAUCAGAUAUUUUAUCAUAUAGUUUUUGUGAUAUCACAGAUUUAGACAAACAAGAUAUUAAUAAGAAACAUUUAUUAACUACAGAUAAUGGUGAUAGGGAACAGAGUUUAGAAGAAAUAUCUUUACGACUGAUUAAUAGUAUUAUGUUAGAGAAGUCUACUCUAGAGCAACAAUAUGCAGAGAUGAUAGAAUUACAGAAUGGUUCUGAAUUAAAUUUACAAAAUGUUGGCUUCACAUAUCCUGAGGAUUCUGAUAUGGAUUCACUGGAGCAAUUGAAGCAGCAUGAAAUCCGAUUAGCUCAAACUAAGGAUGCCUUAUUGGGUCAACAAACUAGGUUAAAAAGGGCUCUACAAAACUUUAAAAAAUUGAAACAAGGAGCAACAUGUAGUAAUUGUCAAAAGAACGCAAAUAAAAAAAUGUGCCAGGCAGGUACACAAUCUGAUUCUGAUGACAGCUUUAAGGAACAUGGAGCUACUCAGACUAGUCUAAUGACACCCAGCAUUUCAAUGGAAAAAUGUAUUAACCAUCCUGAUAAUACAGACAUAGACACCAAUAUAUGUCCAUUAUGUGGAACUAUUUAUGGAAAGUCCGUCUCAUUUGCGGAAUUCCAUGAACAUGUGUUAAGUCAUUUUACCAAGGAGUUGUCUAUAGAUGGCUUUGAACUUGUGCACUGAUUUUUGCAAAUAGAACAAUUUGACACGUCCAGACAACAUAUUGUACACGACUGUUCUCUUAAAAUUUCAAUGCCUAUGUAAAAGAUGUAUAUAAUUUAAUUAAAUUUCCGGAAUAUGGAAAUAGAUAUACAAAAUAUAUAUAUAUAUAUAUACGCAAGUUAGUGACAUAAAACAAUAAAACAAGUCAGGAUGGAAUAAAGAAUAACUAUUAUACAUUGCACACAAAGAUGUAUAUAUUUUUAUAAUAAUAAACAGAAAAUUAAGAAGCAUCUGUGUUUUAUAAUUACACAAGAAAUGUAAUAAAUAUUCUAUUUUCUACAUAAAGCAUCAUAGAAUGUACCACAGAAAAUUCGAUUGUACCAAUAGCUAUCUUGGCCAACAUACACAUAUAGACACACAGAGAUAUACAUAUCGACUUUUUAUAAUGAAACACCAUUAAAUUCUAAAAGUUUACUUUCAUAGUUUUUAAAUGCUUUUUGUUAAAUCUAUAUUGGUUUAUAUUUGUU